CAUGCCCGGCCAUGAGGGUGUGCUAAGCCUCCCUCUGGCACAGAGCCUCCAUUCUUAAGGGCCUCCACGUGGAUCUGUUAGUUAACUCAAUCGUAUAUUGUAGGUUGUAUUUGUAGUGUAUAAUUAAUUGAUUAUGAGUAUGAUAAUGAAUUUAAUUAUAUUAAUUAAUAUUAGUGCUAGCCAUUGGUUACUAUUCUCGUGUAUAUGUACACUAUACAAUUAUAUAUACACUAUGCAUAUCCUAUUUGUUUUAAAAAAGAUAAUAGAAGAAAAUUUUAAUGUAAUAGCUACGACAACAAUCGAAAUUAUCCCAUUGAGAAUACAAAAUUAGAGGCAUAAUAUAAAAUUUUAAUUUAAACAAUGCUAGAAAGAAACUACGUUUAAAAUAAUUACGAUAUAAUAUUUAAUUUAUUAUAAUUAAAAAUUAAUUUGGACCACGUCUCAAUUUUGAAACAGGGGCUCCACGAUUCAUUGGACGGCCCUAUACCAACCUACUAUGAUAGGGAUGCAAAUAUAGAGGUACCAAUCACGACUUGCCAGUUGCCAUAUUGUCAUUCCUGCUCAACUCCCAUUUUUUAUUCUUCCCCAAAUAAAAUGCAAGAACCAAUAAUUAAUUAUCGAUGAUUUCCAGCAGCAACAACAAUAAAAGAAAAAGUAGCUUACAUGGAUGGAAUUGAAGGGGGAUUAUACUCCCCUAAUUGAACAAUUUCAUAAUAGCCCCCCAUGAUUGUCUUCACAUGGUUUUCAACCCAAACUCCCACAUUUUUCAAUUGAUUUUAAUUUUAAUGGAGAAAAGGUACUUAAAAAAACAUACAAAAAAAUGGAACCCAAUUGCUUUUCCUCUCACUCCUUUAAAGUUAAAGUGCUUUGAAAGAAGAUUAACAAGAGAAGUGUUAUUUUAGAUUAAAUAUGAGAAGUUACUCCUUCACUUCUUUGAUCAAUAUGACGUAAUCACAUUGUCAAUCUUUUUUUUAUUUGACCGGACCGGUAUAUAUGUGUUUGCGACUAAUUCAGCCUCAUAAAUAUUCAAUAGAUUUACGGAUGCACUCAUUCAAAAUUACAUUCGAGGAUUAUUGGACUUUUUUAAAAAUAAUGAGAAUUUGUGAUAAUGAAACUAAAAAACGCAUCAUAAAAUCGCUCGAUCUUAUCAUUUAACAACUUAAUGAUGAUAUAUUAGCAACUGGUGUGGGGCUUUUUUUUUUUUUUUGUAAAAUUAUGAUGAAGAAAGAGAGAGGAAACCUAAAUCCUAGGUGGGUAGAAAGGCACGAGGUAUGAUUGGAUUAGGAGGCUCUUUUUUAGGUAUUGGGACCUUUUGCAUUCUCAUUUCUAGGCUCAAAAGGAUGGAACACCAACCAAAUUGGUCUCCACAUGGGGACAAUCCAUAUAUAAAAAUAUAACUAAGCCACCAAUAAUGUGAUGUAGUGAGUAGUGACAGUACUACAUAGAACAUUUUAUUGCUUUUUUUAAGGAUAAAAAACCCCAAUUACAAUAGUGUUAGUUUGAUCAACUUGUUGGGAUUGUCUUCACUAAAACCUUAAAAUGGAUGAGUGUAAUAAUGAAGAGGCAUCUCCUUAGUUCAAGGGAACUUGGUAGGGAAUUUCUACAGCAUGUGCCCCUCCAUCCACCACUGUUGCAAUAAUGAAUCAACAUAGUUCAUGCGUUCUCUUAUAAAUAAAGCUGAAAUCACACCGAAUCAAGCCAAAUAUCAGUUUGAUCUGUCUCUAAUGUAUAUUAUUUAUUAUUCUGAUAUGAUUUCAUCGCGAUUCAUUCUGCAAUUAUCUGAUCAUACUCAACCUAACUUAAUAUGCUCAAUUUUUUUUCCAUACUCCAUGGAAAUGAUCUUAAUCAAUAGUUGCAACCAUAAACCAGAAGUUUGUAUAUUUUUUAUUUUUAUUAUUCGUUUUUUCUGACACAUAUCAUUAAAGAUGCAUGAUAUCUUUUUUAAAAAAACCAUAGAGGUUAAAAAAACAAAUAAUUCCCAUCAGAAAACAUUUAAUCCAUCAUCACAACAUUUUUUUAUGGGUGUUUUGUUUUAACAAGGAGAAGUGGGUAAAAACACUGCAUGAUAUACUUAUAUCUUGAUUGAAAAUCCAACGCCAACAACUAGUCGACCAAAUCUACGUUACCAAUAGUUACUAACAAAGGCAAAUGUUAGCUAUCUCUUCAAACAAGUCACAAAAAUAAAAAUUAUGGGUAGCUCUUCAAAUGAACCAAGAGGUGAGCAUCAAUAUGAAAUCAGCACCUUCCUCCUCAAAAUCAAAUUUGUUUGCUAAUUAACUAAUUAAUUGUUUAGUGCCACAAUAAUAAUAUAAUAAUAAGAAUGAGUAGAGGGACAGGUGUCAACCAAUAAAGGCAUGUAUAAGAAAUUUGACGAUAUUGCAUAAUUGUGCACAUAGACAGGCAGACACUCACACAACGUUACUGUGAUUGGUUUGUCCUUUUGCUGGUCUCAUGUUGGUAGUGAGAAAAAGGAAAGGAAAAAAGCUACGAAGGAGGAGGGUUUCUUAAACCUUAAAAUUUAUGUUUAUAUUGUCCAAAAAGCCCACUAAUCUCGAAAUUAAUAAUUAAUUAGUCAAAUCGAUUUUUCUUGAUUACUUUGUACACCGGCCGCGGGAUCGGUUAGCUUGCUAACCCCUUUAAGGGUUGGAAAAAUGAUACCCCUAUUAAUUAUAGUUAUUUUUUUGUAUUAAAUUCGUGUUGUAUUUAAUAAUAUUUGGGAAUUAAAAAAUUAUAUUAAUUACAUUCCUUUUUUUAACUUGUACAUUGAACUCAUAUUAAUUACAUUCCUUUUUUUAACUACCGUUGCACUGAUACAACUACCAUUGCACAUGUACACUAACACUGGUACAACUACCAUUUCACUGAAAAAAGGAGUUUUUAAUUAAGACAGAUUAUUAAAUGCAACACAAAUUAAUUACCUCAAAAACCUAUAAUUAAUAUGAGGUAUAGUUUUUCCAACCCAUUUAGGGGUAGUCAUGCUAUCUCACCCCGCCGGCCGAUAUGGACUCCGAUGUCUCCUGUCAUUUGAUCCUUCCAACUCUCUUUGGUUGCCUAUGAAAUUUUUUAAAUGGGAAAAUAGUUAGGUAAUUUAGUUACAGUAAAUUUUAGCAAUUUUAAUUAAUUUUCCGCCCUGAUUUAACAUUUCAGUUCACUCACACGGGACUGAAAUCAAUUGAUCAACUCACAAACAUAAAUCAAUUGAUCAGAUGCAUCACAGACCAAACUGGUAGGAGUUCAGGUACUACUUGUCACAAUUUUUUUUAUUUGUAAAAGUUAAAGAAAGUGAUCGCAAUUUCUUAUUUCAUAUAGCAUGAUUUUUUUAGAUACAAUAUCUGAUUUGAUAGACAAAAUUAAUCUUGAUUAAGAAUAACAGGUAGGAUGCAAUUCUUCUCACAAUUUGUGAUAAUAAAAAGACUGCAUCGUUCAAGUAUAUACUUAUGUUUUAUACAAUAUCGUUAAUACAUAUCAUUAUAGGUUAACAUACCCAACCAAUUUUCUCAUUUAAUUUUAAUAGCUGUUAUUCUCGUCUGACCUCAAGAAAUACCUUAUUAUGUCUUCGAUUGGCAUAAAUCAAGUAUUUAGGCAAUGCAAAUAAUACUAUUUAAACAAAAGCGGACUUCCAUUAGGUAAUUUGUCGUUGCAUUUAGAAAUUUGGUUAACUACCCCUCAGUUAAAAUAUGCCAGUUUAAAUAGGAUCAACUCACAUAUGAUUAUGGCAUGGUUUUUGUUGUUUCUAUUAAUUGCUUAUUAUUGUUGUGUUUAAAUAAUAAUUUGUAUUUUUAUAGGAUACUGCCCUGGGGAGGAAACUUUUAUCCCAAAAAGUAUUUAAUUAGCUCUAUAACACACAUACUCAUCCAAAUCAAUAUACAACUAUACAAUAUACAUACAAGAGCUCCAAAAUUAAAAACUUGUCCAUUGACUCUGUGAAAUUAAUUCCAUGGGACUCAAUAUAACUCAAUUUAUAAAACUGGCUAGUCCAGCCCCUGUUUCCUCCUCUACCCUGUCUAGUAGUUUGGGUUGGCUCAAAUCAAUCAACAAAGAAUUCUUUUAUAAUUGUAUUUUGGUAUUCAAAUUUAUUUUUUAACAGCCAAGUACCUAAAAAAAUUCACAAUAAUUUUAUUUGUGGUUAGCUUACAUUUUAGUACAUUUGUAUUUUUGCUUUGCAUUAUAGUACCCGAACUUUUAAAACUUUAUAAACAGGUAUGAUAUGUUGAUAUGAGAAAUUUCACAUCACUAGUUGCUACUAGCUAUAGAUCACAUUGCCAAAAAAGUGAUUUGACCCUAAAUUGAACUUGUAAACAAACUUGGCCAGAACGACUCCUCAUGGUCAGAUCGGUCGGAUCAGCAGAUAUCCAGGGCCAGACUUACGACGGCCCUACUCUCGAGUCUUAAGUGUUUCUAGUCAGAAUGCUAUAGGAUUUGGCUCAACAUAGUGCAUCUGCACUAGUAAGAGGGGUGUGAGUUCAUGAACAUGAUCAACUUUCCAUAUUGAAACUAGAGUUAGAGAACAAGGUGACCCACCUACAAACCUGUAAUACCAAGUGAGAGAUUCCAUACAAAAACGAUAAAGUUUAUGUCACGCUACUCGUAAGUACAUGAGAAUCCUUGGUUUGAGUGCUACUCUUCUGACAACUCGAGUGAAUAUAUACUGGUUUGACAUUCGUUAUGCAUGAAGCGAGAGAUGCAGGGACUUGAUAACAAUCUUUACGCAUGGUUCUGCCUCGUUGUUAACAUGCAUGGUGUUCAUGGUGAGUUUUGAAGGGAGAUCAUUGUUUAAACUUUACAUGUCACACUUAAAAAUGUCCAAAAGCUAUAAAUUUGGAUUUAGGAUGAGGUAUGUAACCUUCUCUUAGCACAACAUAUGUCUAAUUAAGUACCCUACGAGAUCCUUUAUUUUCUACACUUUGAUCGUUUGGGUUGAGGAUUCGAUGAUGAUUUAUAUAAAUAUAUAGGAUGGUAGUGGUCAUGGAAGGACAUCUUUGGUGGAUUAUCUUGGAGGGGGAAUUGUUGCCCUUAAAUGGUGUUGAAGUGGUGGAAACAAGGAAUGUAAAUAAUUCAAUAAAAUAUAAUUUAAAGUUGGGAUUUUUAAAAUUCAAGUAUUUUUCCUUUUACUUUUUAGAUGUUCUUCCACGAAAUAGAUUAAAAGGUGAGAAAGAGAUUGUAUAUCUUUUACUGAAAUUGCAAGUUGAUGGUGCAUAUAUAUUUUAAUUGAUCACCUUUACUAGCUUAUAUUGCUUUCAUUAAGCCUAUAAUUUGGAAGGGAAUUGGAAUGAUGUCUGCUUAAGAAAAUUUGUCUUUUAAGUAGAAACCAAACCAUCAAUACUGACUCCCAACAAGUGGGUCAAUGGAAGAAACAAAUGAAUUUCUAAAUUCAGGUUUGAAUAGGUAUGGUUUAGUGUUCCAUAAAAAAUAAUUGUAUUAGUGUGAAGACAUCCAAAAUCCAAUGCCCCCAAUAAUUCAAUAAACACCUCACUUACAUAAUCUAAAAUCCCCCACUCAUUCUCUUAUUAACUUUUUAGUCUUCACAUACUUGAUUGUGAGAUGUUCAAUUAUAAAUCAUAUACAACUUAUUAAUAUCAUCAACAUCAAUUCAACGACAUGUGAUCACAAUUUUGCAACCAAGCUCUUAUUACUUUUAUUGCACUCACAUCAGCGCAAUUCACUUGCGAUUGCAUAUAUGAUAGGCCCAAAUGAUAUGAUUAUAAAAAAAUAAAUAUACAAAAAUAAAUUAUUAUUUUUAUUUUCCAGUGUGUCGUUCAUUUUUUGCAAAUGCUCGUUACAUUGAUGCAAUCCCCCUUUGCAACUUGCAUACAAAGUGCUCUGUAAGAUUUGCAAUCGGACAAAAUAACAUUGAUGUGUAUACGCUUGAAGUUUGCCAAAGUUCGAAUACCAUUUACUUAACGAAUGAGGUUCAAAUAAAAAGACCGUUCGACCACAAUUGAUUCCUCUCAUGUCAAUAACCAAUUGAUCUCAAUAACUCGAGUUGUUGAGUCUCGAGAAACGUUCCAUUCCGAGUCAUAUACAAAUACUAACUAAGUAAUGAUAUAAUCUUUUAGUUUUCCUAAGCUUAGACAAAUACGCUAUACAUUAUUGGGGAAAAUCCCGUUUUCCGUGCUUCGGUUCUUUCUUCACUUUCUUUCCUCCGUCCCGUCCAUGAAUUCUGCCGGGGUAAACUUGGGCCAACCCUGUUGCCUGCUCCCAAGCAGACAACGAUAGAGACGGCAACUAACGGUGACGGCAAACCCAACCCUUUAAUAAUAACAAAUAAAAUAAAAUAAAAAAUUCGAAAGCCCUCCUCCGUUUACUCUCCACACGCAUUCCCAUGCCUCCGUACCACCCAACCAAAUUUCUUUCCCCCUUUUUUUUAAAUUACCCGCCAGCCGUCAUCUAACGUCCUCUAACUCCGUCGGCUUCCUCUGCGUUGCGUCCUACCUUCCCUACCCUUUCCGUUUUCCCCACACCGCCGUCACCGUCAUCGUGACCCUUAACCCUCGACCCUUAACCAUGGUCCGGUCAACGGACCAAGAGAGAGAGAACGGUGUUACAGUUAAAGAGGGCAAAUGAAAAGUCGCGUUAAUAUAAGAGGCGCGCGAAGCGGUUUUUCUGGGGAUUCCUUCUAGUAACGGCGUUUCGAUUCUUUCUAGAGAGAGAAAGAGAGAGAGAGCAGCAAAGAAGACGACGACCUAAAAGCCUGCUUGCUUGCUGCUUCUUCACAGGGGGGAAAAUAAGAAUUGGGAAGAGUGGUUUUCAGAGGCAGGUGGGUAAGCGGUUUUGUAACCGUUUUAGCGGUUUUGAGAGAUAGGGUCUCUUUUUUUUUUUCUUCUUUCGUCUCUAUUAUCUUUUGUCUGGGUUGGAUCUGUUCAAUUGAUCAGUUACAGUUUGGAAAAAAGGGGCGGUGUGCUGAAAGGCGUGUGGGGGGGAUUGGGUAGUGGGAAAGGUCGAAGCUUUUAUUAUCAGCUUCGUUUGAGCUCGUAAUUAAGCGAACCCAAUACGUUUUGCAGUUACUGGAGGUGGUGUUAUUGAGGGAAUUGAAGUGGGUUUGCCUUAAAAGUGGGAAAUUUCGUCCUUUCCUUCUCGUUAUCGGCUUUUCUGGGAAGGGGUUUUUCAUUUUCCCUGCUCUGCUCUGCUGCGCUCUUUGAGUCGGUGGAUUUUUUCUGCAUCUUCGUGGGGAAAGAGCUAAAUGAUGGCGGCGACUCGCGGCGGGUCUAUCCCGCAGGUCAACAAUGAAGGAGGAGGAAGAGAUGAUCUGUACAAAGAGCUUUGGAAAUUAUGCGCCGGUCCGGUGGUGGAGGUUCCUCAAGCUGAUGAAAGGGUUUACUAUUUCCCGCAGGGUCACAUGGAACAGCUGGAGGCAUCAACAAACCAGGAAUUGAAUCAAAGGGCUCCUCUGUUUAAUUUGCCGUCCAAGAUUCUCUGUCGGGUCAUUAACAUCAACCUCCUGGCUGAGCAAGAGACUGACGAAGUUUAUGCACAAAUUACUUUAAUACCUGAAGUGGAUCAAAGCGAACAGAAUAGCCGAGAUCUAGCCCCAGCAGAGACUCCAAGGCCUUCAGUUCAUUCAUUUUGUAAGGUCUUGACUGCAUCAGAUACAAGCACUCACGGCGGAUUCUCUGUUCUGCGCAAGCAUGCAACUGAAUGCCUCCCUCCUUUGGACAUGGCUCAGCAAACACCAACUCAGGAAUUGGUUGCUAAGGAUCUUCAUGGUUAUGAAUGGAGGUUCAAGCAUAUCUUCCGAGGUCAGCCUAGGAGGCACUUGCUAACAACAGGUUGGAGUACGUUUGUGACUUCCAAGAGAUUAGUUGCUGGAGAUUCUUUUGUUUUCCUCAGGGGCGAGAGUGGGGAGCUUCGAGUGGGAGUGAGGCGGGUUGCUCGGCAGCAGAGCAGCAUGCCUACAUCUGUGAUUUCCAGCCAGAGCAUGCACCUUGGAGUGCUGGCAACAGCUUCUCAUGCUGUUGCAACUCAAACUAUGUUUGUGGUAUACUAUAAGCCAAGGACGAGCCAAUUCAUCAUUGGCCGGAACAAGUACUUGGAAGCGGUGGAAAAUAAGUUUGCAGUUGGGAAGAGGUUUAAGAUGAGGUUUGAAGGUGAAGAUUCCCCCGAGCGAAGGUUCUCAGGCACAAUUGUUGGUGUUGAAGAUUUCUCUGCCCAUUGGGCUGAAUCCAAAUGGCGAAGUUUGAAGGUUCAGUGGGAUGAACCUGCUUCCAUUCCAAGGCCGGAUAAGGUUUCUCCAUGGGAGAUAGAACCUUUCUUGGCUUCUUCUGUUCCAACUAGCCUCCCUCAGCCAGUGCCAAUGAAAAACAAAAGGCCACGUCCCCCAAAUGAAAUUCCAGCUCUAGAUGUGUCUUCAACUGCCUCACAUUGGAAUUCUGGCUUGACUGAAAUGACACAAAUGAGCGUUACUGGCGAGAGCAAGCGAAAUGAGAAUAUGAUGAUGUGGCAGCAGCAUAAGCAGCAGCCAGAUAUUAACAGCCAUGGGAGCUGUACAGAUUGGCUGUCUCCACGCAUGAACAACGUCUCAUCUCAGCAUAAAUUUCAGGAUGCUGCAACUGACGAUAGCAAGAGCGUCUCAAAUUGGCCCGUUUCCUUCUCAUCACCUCCUCAAUCAACGAAACUGAAAGGCGGCGACCCACCAGCAGUCGAGCAGCCAGUUGAUAAGGUAGGGAGGAAACCUGAGGCAGCAGCAGCAGCAGCAGCAGCAACGACUACUACCUACAGAUUGUUCGGUAUCGAGCUCGUGAACAGUCCAAUGAGCACGCCUACUGCUGACAAGUCCACUGAGGUGCAGCAUGCACGUAGCAUCCUCUCGCAGUCUGAUGCUGAACAGAAAUCGGACUCUCCUAAUAAGGAAAAGGCCACUGAGCAAUCACAAGUGUCCCCCAAGGAUAAUACUCAGAGCAGACAAAGUUGUUCAAUGUCCACUAGAAGUCGCACCAAGGUUCAAAUGCAAGGAGUAGCUGUUGGAAGAGCGGUGGACUUGACAACGAUGAAAGGUUAUCCACAGCUCAUAAGCGAGCUGGAGAGUUUGUUUGACCUCACUGGACAGCUUCAGACUCGGGAUACGUGGGAAAUCGUCUACACCGACGAUGAAGGAGACAUGAUGCUUGUUGGAGAUGAUCCAUGGCCUGAAUUCUGCAACAUGGUGCGGAGAAUCUUCAUAUGUUUGAGUCAGGAUGUGAAGAAGAUGACACCAGGUAGCAAACUUCCGAUGUUCCCCGUAGAAGCUGAAGGUGGAGUAAGCUCAGACUCUGCCAUUGUCGAAAACUCCAAUUAACAGUUGGAGAAGGGUCGUGUCUUUUCUCUUUUCUUUCUUGUCUCUCUGUCUCUUCUUCUUCUUCUUCUUCUUCUUCUGGCCUUGUGUUUGAAUGUGUUUGCUGUGUGUUGUUAUUGGUACGGGUUUUGUUUCAAUUUUCUUCUUCUUCUUCUGCUUCUCCAUCUUCUUCCAUUUUGGGUGUGGCUUGCAUGGAUGUUUGAAGUUGGAAAAGAGGAAAGAGAGAGGGAGGGAGGGAGAGAAGCUUUUGCUAUACUAAUUUUAAGCAGCUCGGCUUUUUAGAGCUAGUAACUAUCAAAAGAAGAGGGAAGGAGAUUGACUUGCAGCGAGACUGGAGUAGUCGUUUGGACUUUGGUGUAAAAAAAAAGACGAAGUUUAGGUGGCUUAAGUUAAGAUUAAGUCUGUAAAUCUUUUGUUUAGUGUGGUAGGUAUUGAGGGGCAGAGGGGGUAUUAAUGUGAUCACCUCACAAUCUCAGUCAUCAAUCCUUUUGUUAAUGGCUUCUAUUCUAUGUAUAUAAAGUAUUGACAAAGACUAUUAUUAAUGCAAUCCUUGAUUCGGGAUUCCUAGUCUUUUUUUAGUGAGUAAAUGUCCUCCAUUUUUCAGUUUGGUCCUAUAUGUUUGAAUUUUGUAUAGAUUUGGUUUGUCUCUGUUUUGCUCGGCUCGUGAAUGUUUUGAAUACAAACUCGAUCACGAGAGGCAUGGUAUAUCAUACAAUCUAGUUUCACUCACGCUCAAUGUUUUGGUGUGCAAAUUGUCGUUUGAAGACCAUCAAGGUCACCCUUUGAAUGUUCACGGGGUUAUAAGGUCUUAAUAACGUGCGAAAAGCAGAGCCGCAUUGUGUGUUCCACAAAUACAUGCUCGUCCUUCAAGUCACGUCUAAGAUCAUCUAGACUGUCCGAAACCUUUCCCUCUCCUCUAUCCAAUAUGGUUUGCGUGCUCAAUGUAUCGACAUGAUUCACGUUGUACCGAGUUCACGUACAUCCAACAAUCGCGUGGAUCGUGCAAACUCAACCCACACAUAAAGCAUGGUGGCCCGUGACCAAAAUUUCCCUCUUGGAAUCCGCAUCGUUCAGUCCUACAAGAAAAAAUGAGGAAGUAAAUGAUAUGAAAGCAGCUUGUAAGAGGUGUGGGGGAGAUGAGGAAAUGGACGACAAGUCUGGGAGGUUGAGUUGGACCAUCUCUGGCUGUGGCCUGUGGCUGUGGGAGGAUGAUGAUGAUGAUGACAACAAUUGAAAUUGAUCAUUUGACAAAGACAAGACGUAGCAGCCACUACUCCAACCUCCAGCAGCCCAGUGACUCAGUGAGUGUAGAAAAGCAGAAAGGAGGAGGUGGAUGGUAUUGGUAGCAAUGGCAAUGCCAGGCAAAUAAGUAAUAGUAAAACUGCUAUAUAAUUGACCUUUCUCCUUCCUUGGCUUGCCAACAUCCACACAUUUCCUCCUCCAAUAAUUCACCUGCACAACUACACCAACAACAACGGGAAGUUGUAACUGAAAAGUCAAAGAUUGUAAAAUCGUAUCGGAGGAAGUUGUAACUGGAAAGUCAGUGUAGGAUAUUUCAUGCGGAACUCGUGGUUUAAUUAUGAUUCAGCCGUUUCAUACGCGGCUAAAUACCGUAAAAGUGUUUUUCCUGGUCGAACCGCCGCUACGUUAACGGUUUCUCAAUUUUUGGUUUGUAUCCGAACGUUUAUUAUGACGUUUUUUUGUUGUCAUUAUUUCACUCAAGAAGAGAGGGAAGCCUGUAUACAACGCGUUCAGUUACAUGUUUGCACACAGCUUAUACCUGGAGUCGAACCCCUGAAACAACCAGGGUGUGACGAAAAUAAUUCAUCAAAGCCCAACAUCUUGGAGGAGGGGCUAUGUUGGAACAAGAAGUUCACUUCUUUUUCUCUUAUUUCGAGCCACUAUUUCGUGUCUUUUUACUAUUUAGAGUUUUAAUAUAGUUGCUCAUAUAGUGAUGAUAUUUUUUUUUUUUCCUAUUCAUAGUUCAAUUAUAUACGAGCUACUAUGUUUGGUCAGAUUCAGUCUUGUGUUUGAAUCUAUAUACUACAUCCUUAUUGACUUGGUAAAAAAAAAAAAAGCCCAACAUCAAGGCCUCUAGGAGGGACGGAGCUAAUUCAUAGCCCAACAGUCAAAGCCAUUUGCGCCAGGAAAGGCCCGUUCCGAACUGGUGAGAGGGACAUAGACAUAGAGAUCGCCGACGGGCCGAUCAACAUCGGACGGACAGUUUCACCGAAUAAAGAAGAUGUGAGCUACAGCAAAAAUAUAUAUCAGACCGUUAGAAAAACCGUGGUCCAAACCGUACUGUACAGAUUGGUCCGGACCGUAGACCGUUAAGUAUGGUCUGGUCUGGUCCAUGGUUUGUAUUAUUUUAUGUUUUGAUCUUUUGGUCUGGUCAGAUCUAGACCGCGGUUUACCGGACCAAAUCGUGGAUCCAACCGACUUGUCAAUACGUGUUAACAGCCAAUUCGAGCACUCUCCCAACUCCCACAACGACACCCAAGUCUCAACCUUAGUUUGUGAAUCUCGUCCCUCCUUCAUUCACAACCACAUUUAACCAAAUGUAGAGAUAAUCGUGUCUCCAUAUGACAUUAUGUUGAUGUUUAUGACGUUAUGUUAAUGCUUUUACUUUGUAUCUUUGUUAUGUACUAAGAUUUAGGUAUCAAAAUUAUUCAUGCAUGUUAGGAUUAAUGUUUUAAGGCAAAUAACAAUUAUUUUUCUUGGUUAUUGGUUCAAUUUUUUGUGUGGUUGACUAAACAAAUUAUUCAUUUUUCG